AUGAAUUUCAUAAAUUCAGUGUUUAUCUAUCCUUUCUCAAAGAUCCUGAAUUACCUUGGAUUAUGGCAGAAAAGUGGAAAACUUGUCUUUCUUGGUCUCGACAAUGCUGGCAAAACUACUCUUUUACAUCGCCUUAAAGACGAUCGCUAUGGAACGCAUAAUCCAACUCUCCACGCCACAUGCGAGGAACUUACCAUUGCUGGCAUGAAGUUCACAACAUAUGAUCUCGGUGGUCAUGAGCAAGCCCGGAAAGUUUGGCACUCCUACAUUCCUGCAGUAGAUGGAAUCGUAUUUAUAGUUGACGCCAGUGAGAGCGAACGGUUUGAUGAAGCCAAAGCUGAAUUAGACAGCCUAAUAAUGGACCAACAAGUUGCUAAUGCACCCAUCCUCGUUCUGGGAAACAAAAUUGACGUACCGUCAGCCGUCAGUGAAGCUGUUCUACGAAGUCACUUGGGUUUGGAUGGUCAAGUAACGGGGAAAGGAAUUGUUCCAAGGGAACACAUCGACAGCGGCAGACCUAUUGAAAUUUACAUGUGCAGUAUACUUAAACGGCAAGGGUAUGGUGAUGCCUUUAAGUGGCUUGCUCAGUACCUGGACUGA